UACAUGAUAGCCCGAGGCACUGACUAGACAACUGGAGUAGCUCCCUCAGUAACAGAGAUGGCAGGAUCUGGGUUUAAUGUUUGGAGAUCCGAUUAUUAUGAUUUUUACUGCUCCUGACGUAACAGGGAUGACUAACACUUACCUGUUAGUACUUACUUGUAACUGAAUGCCUCGAAAAGUCAAGCCAUGAAUUUUUCAGUGUGAUGUUUCUUCUUCUACUUAUCUAAAAAAGGACGGCGGAGACACGUAUCAUGACAGUUGGACAAAGCCAGGUGAUGAUGGAUGAUGGGAAAGUGCCUGAAAGCAGGAGAUGGUGUUUUUCAAGGCGCCACUGCCUCUUCUUCCUCCUGGUGCUGACAGCAGUUUUGUUUUUCUACUUCACAGACAUAAAUCAAAUGGCAACUGACUGGAACCCAGUAAAGUUGUGGAUUCCAUUUAAAGAUCAUAGACAAACCUUUGGCUCUCUCAACAAUGGCACACUAUCUGAUCUGAGUAAAUUCAUAACUCACCCUAGCAUGACUGUCUUCCUUCAAACUGAAAACAUCACAGCAACAAACAUGGCAAACAGGACUGCCAUGACUACAAUAGCUUCAGUGGUGACUCAGCAGUUGGUACAAACUAUACCACCAUCACCCGUUCCUUAUAAAUCUCCGGGCCUGUACUUAGUGGAAUACCCGUAUCCGUACAGCUUCGUCAUAAACGAGCCAAUGACCUGUGAGCAGCAGAAGCCCUUCCUGGUUCUGAUGGUUCCUGUGGCGCCCCACAACAGGGCGCAUCGGCACAUCAUUCGCAACACUUGGGGAGGUGAAAGUCUGGUACUGGGCAAAGUGGUGAAGCUGUUCUUCCUGCUGGGCCUGCAAACUGGAGAGGGAGUUCAGCAGCUCCAGGAGCAGCUGCUGCAGGAGAGCAAAGAGCACCACGACCUGCUGCAGAGCGAUUUCCUGGACUGCUACAAGAACCUGACCAUCAAGACCAUGGUGAUGCUGGAGUGGCUGGACUCCCACUGCUCCAUCGCAUCGUACGCCAUGAAGAUUGAUUCUGACACGUUCCUGAAUGUGCCAAAACUAGUUGGAAUGUUGUCAAGUGCUCCAAAGACAAACUACAUGACGGGACUAGUGGCAGUUAAUGCAGCAGUUCUAAGAGAUCCACAAUCCAAGUGGUUUGUUCCUGUGGACAUUUACUCUCCGCAAAUGUACCCACAUUACGCUUUGGGUCUGGGCUAUGUUUUGUCUCUUGACCUCGCUAAAAAGCUUGUUUUGGCAUCCAAACAUGUUAAAGCUAUUUACAUUGAAGACGUGUAUUUGGGGUUGUGUAUGCAGCACUUGGGCAUCCCUCCAGUGGUACCCCCAAACUGGGAAUAUUUCCAAGUGUUUCCUGUGAAGUACAGUCGCUGUGCUUACUCCAGGCUGAUAGCCACCACCACAGAUAAAUACACUGAUCGUGUAAAGGAUUGGAAAGACUUUAAAAAUCCAGGUCCAUACUGCUGAUAUGUAAGAAGACAAGACGUGCAGCAAACACACAAUGCUGAGAAUAAAAUACAGAAGUUGCUGGGUAAUGAUUGCCAUUCUAUAUCCAGUAUAAAAAAAUAUUGGAGGAAAAACAUCUAAAUGGGUUAAACAACAUGUUUAUAUUAACAUUUUUUAAAUAAAUUUUGUGACUUAGGAAAGAUUAAGAGAAAGUGGCACUAAGUCAUGCAGGACAGCAUACCUCUCCGCCCUGAAUCGCAGGGCUGGUAAAUGUACAUGAAGGAAAAAAGACAUAUGUUUACUUAAAGCAUAGUAAUCUGAUAUGUGAGUAGUUUGCUUGAAGAAAUGAAGUAUGUUAGGUGUUUGGUUGUCACCAAAAACAUGUUACACCCUUAAAUAAAUACUGUAACAUCGGUAGAGCCACAACAAGGCUCUUUGCCAUUCAUCUAUCCAGCUGUUUUAUUUUAUAAACCUCAAAAAUGGUCCAAAGCACACGACAUGUUGACCACAUUUAGGAAUAUCCUGCAUUGUUGCUUAGCAGUGAAAGAAAUGCAAGCGGAAAAAUAUUCCUGUAAGGUUACUUGGCAGUUGCCUUAUUUGUUUGCAUAAUGUCAAGCUUUGGACUUUGGAGCGAUUAUCUUUGGGUGCAGCAGCUUCAGAUUGUAGAAAGUUUCUGGAGCAGGGGCUGAGAUGUUGUAGAUAUUCUGGGGGGCAAGGCCCACUCUAGGAUAUUUUUUUUAAAUUUCUCUAAGUUUCUGGAAAAAUAUUUCGUAACUGGCUAUAGAAGGUACUAGUUGAACUUCAAGUUAAAGAAGAAGUGGAGAAUUUGCACAAAAGUGAAGGAACUAUGAGGAACUAAAAGCUUUGAGGCUUUUGAGAAAACUAUUGAAACUUGGCCUCCUGUCAAAAUGUUGCUUAGGGUCCCAAGUUGGCCAGGGGCAGCCCUGCCCAGAAACCCCCCCCCCCCCCUUCUGUUUGGCCUUUGUUCUGGAAUAACCCCACCUCUUUCAGGGGGGCGCAUAAGAGUCAACAUUUUCUCUAAAGGUCCAUUUUAUUGCUUUAAUUUGGGACAUUGUUACAGCAUAUUGCAUAGCCACAUUUAUGCUCUUUAAUUACUGACUAGUUUAAGUACAAGUGUAGUCUUACGUUUGUUGCUAUAUCUUGAAACAUGGAUGUGAAUGCACUAGACAAACCGGGCCGUUGAGUAGAAAGAAAAGACUCCCCUCUCCUGAGGGUGAAUGUUUACACAUCAGGUCUGAAUGGAAAGACAGGUUUAAGCCUGUCAAUGGUUGAUAAUGUGAUGAAGUUCAGAAAAAAAACAGGAAUGUGUCUUUCAUCAUUUCUAUUUUUUUUUUUCUGUCGCCCAUUUCUGUAGCGCUAUACAAAUAUUGCCCUUUACUUUACACAUUAUACAUGUUUCCAUGAGAAAUACAAAUACAUGAGUCAGAAUUUCUUCAGAAAGUCUCUGUGGUGGGUUGAAGACUUAAUCUGCCUGUUGUACCUAAAGCACUUUUAAAUAUUGGUAAUUGGGGAUAUAUAUAUAUAUAUAUAUAUAUAUAUAUAUAUAUAAUGUGAAAAAUGGUCUCUAUUGGUGACCACACUGUGAUAGUUUCUGCUGCAAUGUGUGACCUCGGUUCCUAUCAGUUCAACAACCAAGACAAAUAUAAUGUGUAUCUAAUGAAUGAAUAUGGAUUUCCUUGACUCCAGCUUACUUUGUGUACAGUUUAUAAUGCUCAGGUGAAACGUGACAUUUGUGACAGGGAAGAAACCCUCAGUGUUGUAAAAGUGUCUGUUUUACUCUCUGUUGUGGUGAGACCCCAUGUGGACAUGUUGGGAACUGCUACUGAAUAAUGACUUCAGUGUUUCUUUUUCUAUUCUUCAUGUGUGCGAAAUAAAUGGGUGAGAAAAUA